GGUCAGGUAUAAAAGCAACAGGGGGACAUCGAGAAAAGCGUGCAGUCAUUUUGAGCCUAAACAGUUGUAACUGUAGCCAUGACCAUGGGCAAGAUCAUCUUCUACGAGGACAGGAACUUCCAGGGUCGUUCCUAUGAGACCAGCAGCGACUGUGCUGACAUGUCCUCCUACCUGAGCAGGUGCCACUCCUGCAAGGUGGAGAGCGGCUGCUUCAUGGUCUACGACCGUACUAACUACAUGGGAAACCAGUUUUUUGCCAGGAGGGGAGAGUACUCUGACUACCAGCGUAUGGGCAUGAGUGAUUGCAUCAGGUCUUGCCGCAUGAUCCCCAUGCACAGAGGCCAGUUCAGGAUGAAGAUCUACGAGAGGGAGAACUUCGGUGGUCAGAGUCACGAGCUGAUGGACGACUGCGACAACAUGAUGGAUCGUUACCGCAUGUCCGACUGCCAGUCCUGCAACGUGAUGGACGGCCACUGGCUGAUGUACGAGCAGCCCCACUACAGAGGCAGGAUGAUGUACCUGAGGCCCGGAGAGUACAGGAGCUUCAGGGACAUGGGCAUGAGCGGCAUGAGGUGGAUGAGCAUGAGGCGCAUCAUGGAUUCCUGUUAUUAGAGCACCAGUGUAUAAAAGCAAGAUUUUAAAUAAAAUCUAGUGAUUCUCUUUUAAAAGAA